AACUAAAUUCCAUCCCAAUCCACUCCAACACAUGUGGAAUGAGGUGAAUCCGAGAACAUCCAAACAAGGCCUUAGGAGAUGUUUAGUUAAGAGUGUUAAAGUGUAGCAUAGUAUGUUUUGGCCGCUUGGGGUGUGGCCAAACAUCUAAAGGGUACGGUGUUUAGUUAAGAGUAUUAAAAUUUAAUAAGUACGGUAGUAUUUUUAUUUUAUUUGAUAAUUAGUAUUAAUCAUAGAUUAAUUAGAUUUAAAAAAUGAAUUCAUCUCAUAAAUUAUUCUCUAGCUAUAUUUUAAAUUUUGUAAAAAAUCUAUAUUUACUACUUUUUUUUCAAACCUUCCAUUUGACGGCAGGUAAAAUUUAACCGCUGGAACCAAAACAGGGCCUUAGAUUCAAAAAUAAAGAAGCGAUGAUAUUAAUUUUAAAUAUUGUUUAAAAAGGUUAAAAUAAAAAAAUCUCCAUUUCUUCUCCACCACCGUACUCAUCGCCGAGCCUAAACCCUUCUUCCCCUCUCGUCCCAACUUCCCAACGCGACGCGAUGCCUUCCACCUCUCGCCGUCGCCGCCGCAACAAACCUGCAACGCCCGCACCGCAUCCGGAGGCAGAAGAGCCCGCGCGGGGCACCCCCUCGAGGGGCCCGACAUGGGUGCCGCGGUUUCCUCCGCCCGCCGCCUUCGCACGCAGUCUCCACCUCGCCCCGGAUGCGGCAGCGGUCGAGCAGGCGAGGGGCCCCGUACCGUCGCCGCGGCCUCCUCCGCUCGCCGUCUUCGCACACAAGCCCGACAUCGCGCCGCGCCCGUCUCCACCAAACCCUAGCCCAUUCGAACCCGAGGCUCGUGCCCCGAUGCCGCCGCCGCCGCCACCCUCGUCCUCCUCCUCCUCCUCCUCUGGUCGCCGCCGCCGCCGCAAUCGCGGCCGCGGCCGGAAGAAGGACGAGGCCCAGGAGGAGACGAGGGACUGGGCGGCGCUGCCGCUGGACGCGAUAUCGGCCAUCCUCCGCAAGCUCGACCACAUCGAGAUCCUCUUGGGCGCCGGGAAGGUGUGUCGCUCCUGGCGCCACGCCGCGCGCGACGAGCCCUCACUGUGGCGCCGCAUCGACAUGCUCGGACACCCGGACCUCGACCGCCGGGUCAACCUCUACGGGAUGGCGCAGGCCGCCAUCCGCCGCGCCAAGGGCCAGUGCGAGGCAUUCUGGGCCGAGUACGCGGCCGAUGAUGAUGUGCUCCAUCUUCUCGGCGAUGAGGCACCGGCCCUAAAGAGUCUCCGCCUCAUUGCUUGUCAAGACAUCGUUGAAUUUGAAGAGGAGAUAAGGAAGUUUCCUCUGCUUGAGGAGCUCGAGAUUUCACUCUUCACAAAUAUAGAUGGGAAGCGUGUGUUUGAGGAGGUUGGCAAAGCAUGCCCGGAGCUGAAGCAUUUCAGAUUUAACAAGUACCGUUUCCACAACUUUGGAGAUAUUGAAUACUCUGAGGAUGAUGAUAGCGAGAUCAAGUACAACAAGGAUGACAAUGCCCUGGGGAUUGCAAGUAUGCAUGGGCUGCGCUCUCUGCAGCUCUUUGGCAAUGACUUCACCAAUGAAGGACUGACAGCCAUCCUUGACAAUUGCCCCCACCUGGAGUUCCUCGACAUCCGUCACUGCUUCAACAUCCAGAUGGACGAUGCCCUACGGGCAAAAUGUGCUGCAAUCAAGACUCUGAAGCCUCCCUAUGAUUCAACUGAUGACUAUAAUUUACAGUUUGAGGGACCAAUCUGGUCACCUUCUGGGCUUGGUAUUGACUUUGACACCGACAGUGAUGGUUGUGACUACAUUCUGGACUCAGAUGAUUAUGAUGAUUACUGUGACCCGAUGCGCUACCUUGAUGGUGUCUAUGAGUCUGAGCUUGGCCCAGAAGAUCGGAUGUUCCUCAAGGGUAUGCGUAUGCUGAUGAGAGAUGAUGACGAUGAUGAUUACUGAGUAAUUGUGGUCCUUACCACCGCAACCUUUGAUGGCGUCUAUGUGGAUUCCUUGAAGAUCUGAUGUUCUUUGUUGGACCUCACAUGUUCCUGAAAUAAAUGUGACAUGGGGAUUGCUGGUGCUUGGGAUCUCAAACCUCCUUGCUGCAACAUUGCUUGGCAAUGGCAACUUUAUCACCGAUGUGUCUCGUAUUUGUUUCUUUUCUGUGUGUUCGUUGAGUAAUAAUAAUGUGAACUUAUAGAGCUGACAGUAGUUUUUUCAGUGCUUCACCAUGUUUCUUCCACAGUUGGAAUUGGCAAAAUGUCUGCAUUACUGUAGAUCUGCCAUCUGUGGCUGGGCGAGGAACUGGUGUCCAACGAUAUAUCAUGUCUACAUUUGCUACCGUUCGAGAAACAAUGGUAUAUUAAAAAAGUACAAAGCAUGGCAUGAAUCAUUUAA